CAAGCACCUCCAUUGCCUCACCACCUUAACACACUAUUUUCUGCAUGAGAUUCAGAGCUUUUUAGAUCACAGCAAGCUAGCUAGGGUUUCACUUGAGGCCCUGCUUCUUCUGUUUUUGCAAUAGAGAGAGAGAGACACAGUUUUGUGUUCAUUUUAUUUACUUAGAAGAUGGCAGUGAUGAGCACUCACCAUCCACUGGCAUUUGCUUUUGGAAUCUUAGGUAACAUUAUCUCAAUCAUGGUGUACCUGGCUCCAAUGCCUACAUUUUUCAGAAUUUACAGAAAAAAGUCCACUGAAGGAUUCCAAUCUCUGCCUUACCUUGUGGCAUUAUUCAGUUCCAUGCUUUGGCUCGACUAUGCAAUGCUCAAGAAAGAUGCUUUUCUUCUCAUCAACAUCAACGCAUUUGGAUGUUUCAUAGAGACUGUAUACAUUGUCUUAUAUAUCAUUUACGCUUCAAAAGAGAACAGGAUCUCAACUUUCAGACUUCUCCUUUCCAUGAACAUGGGAUUGUUCUCUUUCAUCAUCCUCUUCACACAUUUUGUAAUGAAGGAUUCGGUUCGUGUCCAAGUUCUAGGUUGGAUUUGUGUUGCUGUUUCUGUCAGUGUUUUUGCAGCACCCUUAAGCAUUGUGGCACAAGUUAUUAAGACAAGAAGUGUUGAGUUCAUGCCAUUCAAUUUGUCAUUUUUCCUUACAAUAAGUGCCAUUAUGUGGUUUGCCUAUGGCCUUUCCACCAAAGACUUGUGUGUAGCUCUUCCAAAUGUGUUGGGGUUCAUCUUAGGGCUACUUCAGAUGCUGUUAUAUGCAAUCUACAGGAAGGCAAAUAAGGUGAUUAUGGAGGAAAAGCUACAAGAAAAUUUAAAGACCAUUGUUAUACUAAGCUCUGAAGUUCAUCCUGUGGAUGUUCAACCUCAAUCCAAUGAAGAUCAUGCACAAAAAGUAAUAAUAAUAAAUGAUGAUGAGAAGAAUAAUGAGAGAAACUUGGGAACUUCAAAUGAACAUCUCCAACCAAAUGAAAAUGCAGUUUAAUUUUCCAUGUUGAAUGUGUUAAGGAGUCCUCAACCUUAUUAUUGUAUACUCUCUCUCUCCCUCAUUUCACAGGAACUAAUGUAAAAUCAUAAAAGGAAAUGUUGAAUUCCAUUUUUUUUCUUUACUAUACGACUGGAUGUACUAUUUCUAAAAUUUAUGACCAAUCAGAUUUAAACAGAUUUUAUUUGCA